AUGACCAAAAAAGAAGAACUCAGAAUUUAUAAAAUGUCGAACAAGAUCAAGAUAGGGCUGUUGGGGGAUAUGGGUGUUGGCAAGACGUGUAUAGUUCAGCGUUUUUGUUUCCACACGUAUAAAGACCUCUAUGAAUCCACUAUUGGAAUUGAAAUCUGUGAUAAAGAAGUGACUGUGGAUGGUCAGAUGUAUCCCAUUCAGAUCUGGGAUACAGCUGGACAAGAACGUUUCAGAUCAGUCUCACGUGUAUUUUUCAACGAUAUCAAAGGGAUAUUCAUUGUGUUUAGUUUGGACUCAAUGGAGACUCUCAAUCACUGCAAAGACUGGUUGGACGACUUCUAUAGUGUAGUUGAUCAUUCUAAAAACAUUCCCGUAGUGUUGGUUGGAAAUAAGUUGGACUUAAUCACGGACGAAGGUGGAGUCAGAAUACCAGAAGACGUCAUAAAGAAGUUUGUUGCUGCGAAUGACAUUCCUUUGUAUGUUGAAACGUCGUCUAAAAAGGAUUUAAACAUCGACUCGUCGUUCCAAGAAAUGCUCUCGAUCAUCGUGAAGAGAAAUUUGCAUCUUAAUGAAGAGAAAGAAGUUGUUGAUAUCACCCAACAACAAGAAACUAAAAGCACCUCAGAAGUCUCUCAACCUUCGUCGUGUUGUUAA